CCGGAGAGAUUCCAUUUGGAACGUUGAGUGUUCGUAAGUUCCAUCCGAGGAACGUCGGGGUUCCUCCUCGGGAACCGACGGCCUGCCAUGUGGCGGAGCAGUCGCUGCUUGCGGGCGCUGCUGAGGCUGAGGUCUUGGCAAGCCGCGGGAGGAGGAGGAGGAAGCAGCGGGUUGUGGGAGGCAGCGGCGGCGGCUCCCCGCGUUCCUUCGCGCGCGGGCUCGCUGGGGUUGCGGAGAUUCAGCGCGGCGGGCAGCUCGGAGCUGCGGGAUGCAGAGGUGGAGCACGGCUUGCAAAAAGACGGGGCAGCCGGGCAAGAGCAGCGCAUUGGCUCCGGUGCCGGAGAGGCCGCGGGCGCGUCUGAUCAUGUCUCUUCAGUAUUCAGCAUUGACUACAUGGUAUCGCUUCUGAGACAAGAAAAUGCCAAGGACAUUUGCGUUAUUGAGUUGCCUCCAGAACUGAAAUACAGCCAUUAUUUUAUCAUUGUCAGCGGGACAUCUCCCAGGCACCUCCAUGCCAUGGCUCAGUACCUGGUCAAAAUGUACAAGCAUUUGAGGACAGACUGGGAUCCCCAUGUUGUAAUUGAAGGGAAAGAUAGCGAAGAUUGGAUUUGCAUAGAUUUUGGUAAUAUUGUGAUCCAUUUCAUGUUGCCAGAGACACGUGAAAUCUAUGAACUGGAAAAGCUGUGGACGCUCCGAUCUUACGAUGAUCAGUUGGCACAGAUACUGCCAGAAUCCUUGCCUGACGAUUUCAUAAUUGGGCUAACUCCUGAACAGCAGUGAUUGGUCUCCCAAGUAGGGGAAAGAACAGGUCUGCAUGAAAUAUACCGCACAGCUGAGACUUGGGUGUCAGUUCUUGGGAAAUGCAGCAGGAAGAGAGGACAGAAGCCUCAAUCGGAGACCUUGGUGGCAAACAGAAUCAUACAGAAUACUCCUCAAGUGAAU